AGUAAAUAAUGCAUACAAAUCCAGACAAAUAGACUUCAACUAGAUUUUUGUGGUUGUAGCCUUUGUGUACUUAAAACACCAAGUAAAUGCAGUAGUCACAGCUGCUUUAACAUAAAUAGCAGUUAAAGUGAACUUUAAACAAGUAUAGACUAAUAUGAAUCAUUGAAGACGAAGCUUGUCAUCGCAUUGAUUUCAAAAUGGCGGAUGCAAUGGAGGAACAAUUUAAAGAGAUAUUGACUUGUCUUAUUUGUAAUGAGGUACUAACCAAGCCAAGGACUCUACCAUGUAUGCACACAUACUGUGCAAAGUGCCUAGAUAAACUGCAUAAAACAACCGAGGAGGGUGACACACUUAAAUGCCCUGAAUGUCAACAAGUUCAUCCAGUCCCCGAAAAUGGGGUUGAACAUAUUGAGGUCAACUCUACAACAAACAAUUUGGUGGAUAUUAUCCAUGAUCUAGAUGCUAAAUCUAAACCUUUAUGCAGUACAUGCCUGAACAUGCAUAAAAAGGAGACAAUCGCGAGUAUAAAAUGUGAGGAAUGUGACAAAAAAUUUUGUGAAAAUUGCAGAUGUUUUCAUGAUGAAUUCUUUCAAGAUCACUGUGUAAAAAACCUAAAUGAUGAGACAGAAUAUAUUAAGAAGGCCUUGGAAAAAGUAAAAGAAAGUGACAUUUACUGCUCAAAACAUCCUGGAAAUAUUCUUGAGAUUUACUGCAGAGUAGACAGUAGCAUACUAUGCUCAGAAUGCUACAGUGCUGAUCACCUGAACCAUGACACCGUAAAGAUACCAGCCAUUGCGGCGACUAAAAGACAAGAACUUGAAAAUGUACUGCAGCAUGGACAAAAUAGAAUCUCAACACUUGAGAACAGCAUUCAGAGCAGUCUCCAGAACAAACAAGCCUUUGAGCUACAUGUAAUCGAUACAACAAAUGAGCUCACCAAUGACAUGAAUAUCACCAUCCAAGCCAUCCGCGACAAAUACACUGAACUCAUUAACAUGGUGGAAAAAUCGAAACAACAGCGCGCUAAACAAUACCAUGCCCAUAUUAGAAAUCUGGAACACUGGAAAACAACAGCAGAGAGCCAAAUGCGGCAUCUCCGAAUGAUACACCAGCAUGGACACGACACUGAGCUAGUCUCUAUGGCCACUGAUAUCAACCUCAAAUUAAAAGAUUGGACAGAUCCUGUUCAAACUAAUCUUGAUAUGGAGUGUGAUAAAUUGAAGUUUGAUCCGUCUGAGAUAUGUGAGGACAAAGUGAUCUUUGGAAAAGUGGAUAUUGGAAAUAUGGCACGCAGAAGUCCUAAAAUACAACCACGGGAAUUAAUAGAACCCAAGAUUAGAUAGAUAAAAUACAGGCACUUAAGGGCUCCCUGGAUCUACAUGCUUUCUCAGUAAUCAAAGACAGUGGCAAAAUUAUUGCUAUUGGGAAUAGCAGUGCAGCCUAUAUCUACAACAACAAUGAGACUGAGCCAUGUCAAAGCUUUGGUGAUUCAUUUACCAAUGUUGCUUCUAAUGAUGAUAAAUUUUACUGCACCAAAA